UUGUAAUGUGUGUUUUUAGUGCGUUUCGUUUUUCCAUUAGAUUUACUUGCCGCCCAGCUCUCACCCAGACCCCACGCGACAGACACUUGUAGCGUGCGGAAGCUACACAUUGCAUAUAUUAUAUAAAAAUGGCAUCACCUGUGCUGGGAUGGAUGUGGCUGAUGCUCGCGCUGGGCCUCUCGCCCAUAGCCCUGGCCUGGAUGGCGCACUUUCGGCCAGCCAGCGUCCAGCUGCGCAUGGAGAAAGCUGUACUAGUGUCGCUCACGCUGGAGAAUGUGCCGCCAUCGACGAUGCAGCAGCCCCAGCGCUAUGUCUUCCGCGUGGAGAGCGCCGCCACAGAUCUGGCCAGUGUGCCCGACGAGAACUCCACCAUAGCCGUGGAUCUGUUCAAUCCGGACACACGUGACUGGACGGGCGACAUCACGGUGAAUGCCCACUUUCUGGGCGAGACCAAGAUCACAGUCCGUCUGUUUGACAACUUGUCGAACAGCAGCCAGCUGCCCACGCAGAGCACCAAUGACAGCACGCUGGACGUGAGGGUGCAGCGUCCGAGCCGUGUGGUGGAUCACGUCUUCAUCGGCUCCAUCGUUCUGCUGAUGUCACUGCUGUACAUCAACUUUGGCGCCGCUCUCAAUCUGGAGGUGCUGCGCGGACUGGUAACGCGGCCAGUCGGCCCCUGCAUCGGAUUCGUGAUGCAGGUGGUGGCCAUGCCGCUGCUAAGCUACGCUCUGGGCAUAUUCAUCUUCCCCGAGGCUCCGGCCAUGCAGCUGGGUCUCUUCUUCACUGGCAUAUCGCCCAGCGGCGGAGCAUCCAAUACCUGGUCCGCGGUGCUCGGCGGCAACAUUCAUCUCUCAGUGCUAAUGACCACGGUGAGCAAUGUGGCCGCCUUUGUCACUAUGCCGCUGUGGAUUUUCACACUCGGCCAGUUGAUCUUUGAGCGGGCUGGUAUGCAGGUGCCAUACGGAACGAUUGCCACCUACUGUGUCUGCCUCAUUAUACCCCUGCUGAUGGGCCUGGCCAUCCAGAAGCGUUCGCCGCGUCUCACCCGUGUCCUCGUGCGCCUGCUGAAGCCCAUCUCCGCCUGCCUCAUCCUGUUCAUUGUGAUCUUUGCGAUCAUCACGAACUGGUAUCUCUUCUACUUGUUCUCCUGGCAGAUUGCUGUCGCCGGCAUGGCGCUGCCUGCGCUGGGCUAUAUCUUUGCCUGGCUGGCUGCCAAGUUGCUGCAUCAGACCGCGGCUGAUGCCCUGACCAUUGCCAUCGAAACGGGCAUACAGAACACAGGCAUUGCCAUCUUCCUGCUGACCACCACGCUGGAGUCGCCGCAAUCGGAUCUCACCACGGUGGUGCCCGUGUCGGUGGCCGUGAUGACACCGCUUCCCCUGCUCGGCAUUUAUCUCUACAAUCGCUGCUGUCGACCCAAGGUGGAUGAGGUGGCAGCGGGCGAGACCCAGCGCAUUGUCUGAGGCAUUUUUUGUGUAUUUUCAACCAUUUUUUAAUUCAUCUUUUUGUACAUAUCUGUAUUAUAUAUAUAUUUAUUUAUAUAUAUUGAUGCCUAUGUCUUAUAAAGCGGUUGACAGUGGUUUGCCGCCAAAGAGGUAGCUUUACAGGCCAAGCCGAACUUUAUACAGAGUAUUUCUUAGUGAUACGAUUGAUUAUUCCAUUCUUUACCAUGAUUUAUUUUAUAAUAAAGGAACCCCCCACACAUAA